UUAUAUAGUGUGCAAUAUUUGUGAAAUGUGUAUUUGUUUCCCUAACUUACUUGUUCAUUUAUCAUUGUAAUUUUUAUGCCGUUUAAAAUGUCUUCAUAUAAUUACAAUUCGCCGUACAGUAUUACCUUGGCUUGAUAAUGAUUAUCAGAGACUUUAAUGAAAGAAAAUCGUGGAUUCAACAUCUAGGCCACUGAAGAAGUUACGUAUUUAGCAAUGGAUAGUAAGAAACAUGAUAAAUGGGAAGCCUUGGCUACCGUUAAAUCUUUCGAUCAAGGUAUUGCUCGCAAUAGUCACCAUGAGUCCAUCUUGCAACAGAGCAUGCAACACAUCGAAGUUAUCAACUCCACAGCAACAACACCCAUUAGCUUACUCGUGCAAUCACUGGUUAAGCAGUUAUGUUCACUUCUGGAAAAGGACCUCAACAGAGCCAACCAAUUGUACAACACUAUUUGUGAGAAACUUCACAGUAUGAAUUUAAUUGAUAAUUCAUAUUCGAUGGGAGAGUUCGAAGUGAUGAGGAGUCAGUAUCAGAGAGCUCUUUACCAACUCGUCACAGUCGCCAGUGGUUCAGAAAUACCGAUUCCUCUCCCAGUGUCCUGGCCCAUCACUAGUUCAGCUCUGGAGUGGUCGCGAUACCACAAGGAGUUUGAAGAAUUAUACUUUAUAGCGGGUGGGGGGUUUGGUAGCGUGUUCAAAGCGCGACAUAGGUUAGAUGGCGUCGAAUACGCUGUAAAAAAAGUUUUUAUCAAAUCAUCCGACGUUAAUUCCAUAAUGACGCAUUUGGCUGAAGUAAAAACAAUCGCCAGUUUAAAUCACACGAAUAUAGUCAAUUAUAAGGCUGCAUGGCUGGAACCAAUGAUAGAAUCGAAAGUUAAGAAGAAAAAUAAAUUUAAAAUGGACACUGAUCAUGAUGAUUUUUCAAUGGGAUCUAACAAAGAUUCUUCUGUUUAUCCUGACAUCAUGAAAUCUUUUAAAACGUACAAUUCUAAAGAAUUAACUAAGCACUAUAGCCAAUCUGACUUCAUAAUAUCAUUUGAGAGAUCGAAUACUUUGGACAAUUCCGUAACUUCUGAUGAAGAGUUGGAAGACGAGGAAGAUUCGAGUUCAGCCGAGCGGAACGCUGUAUGCAAACUUAUGUCAGGCAAAGAAUACGAAAACUGCUCUCGAGUUAACUUGAAAUGGGCCACCCUGUAUAUACAGAUGACUUACUGUCAACAAACCCUUAAGCAGUGGCUGGACGAGCGCAAUAACCAUAUGAAACUCUCCAGGAAAAAUUCCGAAGAUCUAACACUGCAACACAGUGACUCGACUGAUUCCAAUUGCUACGACUCUUCCUUCUCUGAUUCCAACGUGGCGUGGACUCGUGUCUUGGUUGACAUGUUCACUCAGCUCGUCCGAGGACUGCAUUAUAUUCAUUCGAAAGGGAUAAUUCAUCACGACGUUAAGCCCAGUAAUGUGUUCGUGGCUCAGAGUGAAAAUGGGCUACUCGUUCAGCUGGGCGAUUUUGGCUUGGCCUGUCCGUUGCAGCAGUCUCAUAGCGGAUUAGCCCUCGGUACGCAUUUGUACGCUGCGCCAGAACAACUAGAAGGUCAAUGCAAUCCUAAGAGUGACAUGUAUUCGCUCGGCAUCAUACUUCUAGAGAUGGUGGAGCCGUUCGGCACUGACAUGGAGCGUGUGAAAACAAUAACGGGCCUUCGCAAGGGACAGAUCCCAGCGAACCUCACCGCGAACUACCCAAAGAUAGCUCACAUCAUCGGGAAGUUGAUCCAAAGGCGACCGAACAAACGAUUAGAUACAACACAACUGCUCGAAGAACUUAGCACUCUCUCUGAAAACAAAGACGAUACGAUACGUUUGCUCAAAGAGGAGUUGGCUGCGAAGGAAGACGAAAUAGCCCAUUUGAAGUUGAUGCUCGCUAAAUGUAACUUCCGUUCAUGAUAGAUUUAAUGUGUUAAAAUCCAACUUAAAACGGGGAUAGUGUUGCUAGUGCUGCCAUUAAUGUCACAAAUUAAUUUUAUUUCGAGCAAAUUUUUUUUUUUUAAAUCUGUACAAUUAUUAAGGUAGUUUGAACAAUAAUCUUUUACUCGAAUUAUUUUAAAUUUUAAUAAAUUCCACUUGAAAUUGA